CUCUACAGGACACGCCUCUCCGCUGAAUGGAGUGCGUCGUGCGUAAAGUCUGACUUGCAAACGCUCCAAACUUUUUUGCUUUGAUUUCGUAGUUUUAGAGAAGAUAUCCAAUCGAAUACUGUUAAUUUCGGGGGAAAAGUUGAGUAAAUGCAGCGAUGACGCGGGAGGAGGAUCUCAUCCGGAUUGCAAAAAAACUGGACAAGAUGGUGUCUAGAAAUAACACGGAAGGCGCCAUGGACCUGCUGAAGGAACUGAAAAGUUUCAACAUGACUCUCAAACUCCUCCAGGAAACAAGGAUUGGCAUGUCUGUGAACGGUAUCAGGAAGCACUGCACAGAUGAAGAAGUCAUUGCAUUGGCCAAAGUCCUCAUUAAAGACUGGAAAAGACUUCUCGAUUCAGAGAAAUCAUCUGAAAUGAAGAAUGGUUUGGACCCCAACAAACCAGCAUCCUCUCCAAACGGCUCUCCCUCUGAGAUGCAAAGCAGUCACAGGAGACUGGAUGUAAAAUCAAAACACAACUCAGAUGCAGACAAAAAACACUCAGAUAAAGACAGAAAAGAAAAACAAGACGAUGAGCACAAAAACAGAAAGAGACACACGGAUGACCUCGCGGAUGAAAAACAUCUAGAACAGCCCCACAAUGAGAAACAUCCACAUGAAAUCAAAAGAGAAAAGCACGUAGAAGAGCCAAAAAAACAAAGACCUGUGGAGGAGCCUCAGCCGGAAACAGACACCAGAAAACAGAAGCAUUUAGAUCUGCAAAGUGAAAAACACAAGCCAGAGCAAAGGAAAGAAAAGCCAUUAGAGGAACAUAAAAAGAUGAAAAAUGCUGAUGAGCCCAAAAAGGAGAAACACCACGAAGACCCCAAAAAACACAUGUUUACUGAUGACAUGAGACGGGACAGAAACAGAGAAGAGAGUCGACACGAGAGGCCGAUGAACACACUGCCGAGAGAGAGACCGCUAUUUGAGCCUCAGAGAGAGAAACCUGACGUUCACAAACCAAUAUUUGAAAGGUUAGAGGGUGGUGGCCCAGAAUGCAUUUCUACUCCUGAGUCAGACCAAACAGGGCUUAAAAUUGACCUAAUUAUUCAUUUCAGGAGGGGAGUCUUGGACAGCAGUAUUCUGUAUCCGUCCCGUUACCCGUCCCCUCCUCGUCCUCCUCGACCUGCUCUUCCGAUCAAACGUCCCUCUCUGGACAAGAAACAGGACAGGAAGGACGGUAAGGACUCUUCAUCGCAACAUCCUCGUCCACAUGCCCCUAAACCCUUGUCUCCUCUGGCUAAACGUCCAUCAUUCGAAGUGAAGAAGGAAAGGAAAGUUCCACCAGACCCAAAUGCUCCAAUUGCUCCUCUUCCUCUCCACCUUCAUCCUCCACCAGCAAGAAAAGAACCUCCGGACCCAAAUGCUCCUCUUCCUCCACUUCCCCUUCACCUUCACCCUCCGCCUGCUCCGAAACGUCCGUCCCUGGAUGGGAAAAAAGAGAGAAAGGAGCUGUCGGACCGUAAAAGUCCCUCACAGAAGAAGACGUCAGACGAUGUGAAAAAAGAGACAAAAGACAGGAAAGACUCUUCAGAUAGCAAAGUGUCUAAAAAACACUCAGGGGAAGCUAAGAAAGAAAGGAAAGAUUCAUCUGACUCUAAACCACCACCUCCCAAAAAGCCCAGUUUGGAUGUCAAAAAAGAAAUUCACAGGAAAGACUCCUGUGACUCAAAGUCUGGUCAACCUGUGAAACGCCAUUCGUCUGAUUCUAGACCUGACAGACGAGAGUCAACUGACUCAAAGACGUGCAGCUCACCACCAGCAAAGAAGCUAACCACUGAUAGGAGAGAGUCUCACGGUUCCAAAACCCCGGUUCAGUCUGGACCUCCUCAGAGGAAGCCCUCAACUGACAGCAUUGAAAGCAGAAAAAGCAAAACCGAUACCCCUAAAACCCCCACCACCCCGACCAGCCCCAUGUCUCCUGGCUUCAGUUCUGCUGGCGGUCCGUUGGCUGCUCACCUGGCAACAGGCGACUCCGUCAGAGACAAGUGCAUUGAGAUGAUCGCCGCUGCCCUGCGCACAGACAAUGACUAUAAAGAAUUUGGGGCUAACUGCGACAGCAUGGCGGCAGAGAUGGAAGAUUAUAUCUAUCAGGAGAUAAAGGCCACUGAUAUGAAAUAUAAGAACAGGGUGCGGAGUCGCAUCAGUAACUUGAAGGACCCAAAGAACCCUGGGCUUCGCAAGAAUGUACUCGCAGGAAACAUUGAGCUGAGUCGCAUGGCCUCCAUGACUGCUGAGGAAAUGGCCAGUGACGAGCUGAAACAGCUGAGGAACGUUCUUACCCAGGAGGCAAUCAGGGAGCACCAGAUGGCCAAAACUGGUGGAACCACCACCGACCUGCUGCAGUGCGGCAAGUGCAAGAAGAAGAACUGCACCUACAACCAGGUGCAGACACGCAGUGCUGAUGAGCCAAUGACCACAUUUGUGCUGUGUAAUGAGUGUGGUAACCGCUGGAAGUUCUGCUGAUAUCGUCCGUGUGACUCCAGGUGUUUUCGGAGCAUACAGAUCUGCUUAUUUUCUAUAAUGGGAUUAAAAAGGAGUUUAUAAAUUAUCGCUGGUGGUGAUUUAAAGAAAUGAUAGUGUUCUUACAGUUUUUACUUGAAAUGUUGAGAUUUUUAAGCAUGUGCUUUUAAUCAGGGUUUGCUUUGUAUGAAACUGAAGACUGCAUGAAUUUUAGUUUGAUGACUGAGUCAUUAAAUCAUUGGAUCACAUAAUGAAUAAUGAAUAAUCAUGGUGCUGUCACAAUGAGAAGACCUACAAUCCAGUUAAUAUGCAAUGUGAUUUUACAGUUUUGCAUUUUGUAUAUAUUUACUACUAAUAAAAGUGCAUACAUUAUCAA